CGGGGGCCGUCACUUCGGAGUUGGGGCUGAGCAGUCGGCGGAGAGCGUGCGAAGACCGCUGCAGCCGCUGGCCGAAUUAAACCCAUCCACAGUAAUGGCUGCGGCCUUACCCAGGACCCUGGGGGAGUUGCAGCUAUACAGAAUAUUACAGAAAGCCAAUCUACUCUCUUAUUUUGAUGCCUUUAUCCAGCAAGGUGGUGAUGAUGUCCAGCAGCUCUGUGAAGCCGGAGAAGAGGAGUUUUUGGAAAUAAUGGCUCUUGUGGGCAUGGCUAGCAAGCCUCUUCAUGUUAGAAGGCUACAGAAGGCUUUGAGAGACUGGGUUACAAACCCUGGCCUUUUUAAUCAGCCACUGACUACUCUUCCUGUCAGUAGCAUACCCAUCUAUAAAUUGCCAGAAGGAUCACCGACAUGGCUGGGAAUAUCCUGCAGUAGUUAUGAAAGGAAUAGCAAUGCCCGGGAACCUCAUUUAAAAAUCCCCAAAUGUGCUGCCACCACAUGUGUGCAGAGCUUGGGACAGGGGAAGUCAGAUGUGGUGGGCAGCUUAGCACUGCAGAGUGUUGGUGACUCUAGACUCUGGCAAGGCCACCAUGCCACUGAAAGUGAGCACAGUCUCUCCCCAGCAGACCUUAGCUCUCCAGCUUCCCCAAAGGAAAGCAGUGAGGCACUGGAUGCUGCUGCUGCGCUCUCUGUAGCAGAGUGUGUGGAGCGAAUGGCCCCCACUCUGCCAAAAAGUGACUUGAACGAAGUGAAAGAACUGCUGAAAACCAACAAAAAACUGGCCAAAAUGAUUGGUCACAUCUUUGAGAUGAGCGACGAUGAUCCACACAAAGAGGAGGAAAUUCGAAAGUACAGUGCAAUAUAUGGUAGAUUUGACUCAAAGAGAAAGGAUGGGAAACAUCUCACUCUUCAUGAGCUCACCGUUAAUGAAGCAGCUGCCCAGCUCUGUGUGAAGGAUAAUGCCCUGUUGACUAGAAGAGAUGAACUUUUUGCCCUGGCUAGACAGAUUUCUCGAGAAGUCACCUAUAAAUAUACUUACAGAACUACCAAGUCAAAAUGUGGAGAAAGAGAUGAAUUAUCCCCAAAGAGAAUUAAAGUAGAGGAUGGUUUUCCAGAUUUCCAGGAUUCUGUGCAGACACUCUUCCAGCAGGCUAAAACUAAGAGUGAAGAAUUUGCAGCUCUUAGUUCACAGCAGCCUGAAAAGGUGAUGGCAAAGCAGAUGGAGUUCCUUUGCACCCAAGCUGGCUACGAGAGACUGCAGCAUGCUGAAAGAAGACUGUCAUCAGGAUUUUACCGGCAGAGCUCAGAAGAGCACAGCCCUAACGGCUUGACAUCUGAUACCGCUGAUGGACAAGGAGAAAGACCUUUGAAUCUCCGAAUGCCUAAUAUACAGAAUAGACAACCCCAUCCUUUUAUGGUGGAUGGGGAGCUUAGUAGACUUUACUCCAGUGAGACAAAGUCCCACUCAUCAGAGAGCCUUGGGAUUUUAAAAGACUACCCUCACUCAGCUUUUACAUUAGAAAAGAAAGUCAUCAAAACAGAGCCUGAAGAUUCCAGAUAGCUUGGUGGAAAUGGCAUCAGAUGUAAGGAUUAUGCUCCAUCAUAGAAAUAAGCCUUAAUAACCAAUGUUGCCUCAUUCAGCUCAAACAGAUUUCAUAGCCAAAGCAUAAGGACUGGUAUAGUAGUCUAUGGAAACCAGGAAGACAAAGCAACAGCCACAAAAGAGAAAAUCAUGUUGCAAUCUGUAACAGAAAUACUGAUCCAUUCACAUUCCUAUGUAAGUCAUCCUGUGUAAGGCUUACAAAUUAAUAUUGUAAGCAUUCAUUAUUUAAGAAUGUACAAUGUAUUUGUGUAAUUUAUAAAAGUGAAAUCUAGAUGUUGAGACCUGUUGGGUCCAAUAUAUGUGGAUACAGUUUUACUUGAAAUUUCAUUGUCUACUUUAUAUGUAUUUAGUGUAAAUUUUAUUAUAAGUCAUACUGUAGAAUCUCUGCAGUCAUAACGAAAGUUUAGUGAUGUGGCAGGGUUGCAAUGACUUUGGAAAAAUCAAAAGCAAAUGCUCAAUUUAACCAAGGAAAAUUUUAUGGAUUUAAUAUCUGAUGAAACUGAUUCUGUGUGACAGGAGCAAUGUAGCUUUUGUUCACAUAAUACCAUUUUUUUUUUACUGGUUUAAUCAAUGCAUAUUUACACAAUUAAUAGUAGAGGAAAGUUAAAAAGGAUGAGCAAUAGAAUGGAAAAGAGCUCUUACUUAGUUGGCUUAGAUUGCAUUAUAUAAUAGCUACUAAAGAUCUAACAAAACUAAGAAACUAUUACUUGGACAGAGAAGUUGAAACAAGUAGAUUGAUGUGUAAAAGCCUUUACUCAAGUACUGAAUUUCAGAAUGUGUUAAAUUAGAUUAAGACUUAAGUAAGUUAACCGUAAAUGUGAUGAGGAUGGUGACUUUUAACAAAGGCUGUAAUAGAGUAAGUAUCAUUUGUCUGGAAUUCUUCUCCACAUACAGGAGCCAUGGACAGACUAGCUGACUCUCACUGGGAAAUGUCUUCCCACCCAGACUAUUACAAGGGUGAAUAGUCACUGCAUCCACAUUUCUAGGCAUAUUUCAAUGGAUGUUUAGUUGACACCUAUAUUAUUUAUUUUAUAAUUUCAUUUUUGUACACUUUCCAGAUUUGUGAAUGCAGUUUUUUCUUAAAAAUCCAUUUUAACUUGAAAGUAUUUGUUUUUAAUUCCCACUAUUUAAUUAAUGGGCUGUGUGCAUAUAUAUGGGGUGUGCUUAAAUGUCAGUAAUGUACUUGCCAAUUUAUAAAUGAGAAUUUCACAUUGGAGUCCUUAAGAGUAAAAAUAGAACUAUGGCUUCUGCCAAUGUAUGUUUUCUUUGUUGGUUUAAGAAGAGAAGAUAUUUGACAGCAGUACCUACUUGCUAUGGAUUUUUCUAAACCCAGGUCUUGCUGAGAAGAACGUAUUGAUUUAGAAUAUGUGAUUUAUUUUUUAUUCUUCUUUAGUUCUCAGUUCAGCUCUAGAUCAUUGCUGUGUACAAAUAUCAAGUUAUAUUCUGUUAUUCUAAAAUUUGUCAGCUGAAUGUUAGAUGGACUGCACUGUAGUCUCUGAUCACUGUCACACGUGUAAUUGCUUUUUCAUUUUGAUUUGUAGAAUAGCUUUACAAUAGAAACCCCAGUAAACAAUUUUUAUACUAUUAAAAGACUUUAUUCCCUUCCUAAAUGUUUUAAUUGUACCGUAUUGUCUGCCCACAAAAGAAACAUUUUAUGGACCUUGCAGCUUUGUUGCUAGCUUGAGAUUGAUUAUUGUGGUUGUAUAGUUCACUGUGUGUAGAAAUAGUAUGAGUACGACUUAAAUAGAAUGUUCAGUUUUUAAUAUUAGCCAUAGCACUGGUUAGUAUCUCAGUAGUUUCAUGAAACGUUUCCUGUAUUCUAAUCUAUUUUGAGAAAUUUUGUGGGUUUUUUUUUUUAAUUGUGUCUUAAAGUUCAAGUUUGUAGAUUUUAAUAAGCAACAAUUUUUAAAGGUGCAGUAAUCUUCCAACUAAUAUUUAUCAGUUUAUUUUGUGGCCCCACAAACUGCAUCUGUAAGUCCAUAAAUAAGUUUCCUUAAGUAUCAUAUUUUUCUGGUCUUUCAAGGUUAGUGAUAAGGGGAAGCACAAGAAAAAUCUCAGUAGAACACAGUUUUUAUUUUGUAAACACUAAUGUAUUAAACUUGCUAUACAUUAAAGCAAAUAAUAUAUAUUUUUAUUUGAACUGUACAUAUGAAUCAGAUGUUAUAACUAGUUGAUUUUUCAUUGUGUUAGAGGUAUUUUCACUGAACAAGGUCAAUUGGUUACCUCAAUAUUAUAGCCAAUAUUGUCCAAGGGACCAUUUCUCCCCAAGUCUAUGUUAUAGUUUAUUAUGUGAAGUCUGAGUUUUUGUGACUAUUAAAGCUGUUGGUGAAGUGGGACAAGUGCACUAGUUUCCUGUGGCAAUAAAGAUUUUCUGUGCCUCACA